UUAUAUUUUUAUUUUCUAUCAAAAUCGUAUCAAAAUAUUGUUUUUUAGUAUACAAAAUUGUGUUAUAGUUUUUAUAAUCGGAACGUGUUUUAUCUCCAAAAUUUAAUGAACGAGCCAGCGUCCGUCGCAACGUGCACUAGGGUCACUGCAAUUAGAGAUCACUCUAUGGUUGCGCUGCCAUGAAGGUGGACGUGGAAGGAAGAGAUGCAGCCUGCGCCUCGAUCAAUACCGACUCGCCUGUGUCUUCACUUGACGAUUUCCGAGAGACGGUAUCCGACAGCCUGCCGACGCCCGACCGGGCGCUGCUCGCCAAGCUGGAGGCGGAGAACAAGAAGAUCGAGGCGGACGCCAAGUGCCCCUCACUGACGACUGUGCACAGCAGGAAGAACUCGGACACAUCAUCGCAGAUAUCCUUGGCGUCUGCCACGAGUUCAAGCCACGAAGACUCAAGAGUUGGCAGCAAUGGAGAGGAGGAUCUUUGGGGUCUCUGGGGUCGGCUGGUCAGCAGCUGGGAGACGGAGUGGCGGAGGCGCAACCAGUUCGUGCGCGACCUCGUGAGGCAGGGGGUGCCUCAUCAUUUUAGAGGGAUUGUGUGGCAGCUGCUUGCUGGAGUGGACUCAUCCCCCGAGAAGAAGUUAUACGCUUCAUACAUUAAGGCCAAAUCAGCGUGUGAGAAGGUAAUACGUCGCGACAUCGCACGCACGUACCCGGAGCAUGAUUUCUUCAAAGAGAAGGAUGGAUUGGGACAGGAGUCGCUAUUCAACGUGAUGAAGGCGUAUUCGCUGCACGACAGGGAAGUUGGGUACUGCCAAGGUUCGGGCUUUAUUGUUGGACUGCUGUUGAUGCAGAUGCCAGAGGAGGAGGCAUUUGCAGUGUUGGUAAAGAUCAUGCAGCAUCACAGGAUGAGAGACAUGUUCAAGCCGAGCAUGGCGGAGCUGGGCCUCUGCAUGUUCCAGCUCGAGAACUUGGUGCAGGAACUACUGCCGGACUUACAUUUGCAUUUUCAGUCGCAAAGUUUCAGCACAUCCAUGUACGCCAGCAGCUGGUUCCUCACGCUGUUCACCACAACCCUCUCGCUGCCGCUCGCCUGCCGCGUGAUGGACGUGUUCCUCUGCGAGGGUAUCGAGAUCGUGUUCAAGGUGGCGCUGGCCAUGCUCACGCUGGGGAAGAACGAUAUGCUGUCCCUCGACAUGGAGAACAUACUAAAGUACAUACAAAAGGAGCUGCCAGCAAAGGCAGAGGCUAAUCAAGAUGCAUUCAUGAACUUGGCGUAUUCGAUCAAAGUGCAACAGAAGAAGAUGAAAAGAUUAGAGAAAGAGUAUACGGUGAUAAAGACAAAGGAGCAAGGGGAUAUAGCUGUGUUGAGAUGCCUCCGGCAAGAGAACCGGCUGCUGAAGCAGCGGGUGGAGCUGCUGGAGAAGGAGAGCUCAGCGCUCGCGGAGCGGCUGGUCCGCGGGCAGGUGGACCGCGCCGAGGGUGAGGAGGAGACGUUCGCGCUCGCGCGGGAGGUGCACGCGCUGCGGCGGGCCAACAUGGACGCGCAGCAUCGGCUCGCGGUCGCGCAGGACGAGAUACGCUCGCUCGAGAUGACCAUCGCCGAGAACAAUUCCCGCCAAUCGUCUCUCGAGGGCACAGAGGGUAACGACGCGAAGGGAGAGGAACUAGCACGUUGCCUACAAAGAGAGCUGGUGAGAGCUAGGCUGCACGCGGCUGAGAGAGAAGCGGCGGAGAGAGAGCUCUCCGCGAGAAUAUCGGAAUUAGAAAAUGAAAACAAGAUGCUGAGAAAGCAGAGGGUGGAUAAUAAUGUGGCGCACUUGCAGGAUGAACUAAUUGCGGUGAAACUUCGCGAAGCGGAGGCCAAUCUCUCGCUGAAGGAUCUCAGGCAGCGCGUAACGGAAUUGUCGGAUUGCUGGCAGAAGCAUUUACAAGAGCAUCGUCAAGAAGCGCCGUCAGCGCCUGUCCAAUCCAACAUGGUGUCUGACAUCAUGGCGACACCCAAAAAGUUGCUUAGGGCCUGGGAGGGGAGGACCAACGAGAUGCAGAAGCUGGAAGAGGAGCUCAUGUCCACCAGGAUUCGGGAGGUGGAGGCGUUGACUGAGCUGAAGGAGCUGAGGCUUAAGGAAAUGGAGCUGCGCACGCAGGUGCAGGUGUCGACGAACCAGCUGCGGCGGCAGGACGAGGAGCUGCGCGAGUUGCGCGAGGCGCUCGACGGCGCGCUGCAGCGGGAGCGCGCGCUGCAGACGCGUCAGCGCGAGUACCAGCACAAGUUCAGCGACCUCGAGAGCAAGGCUAAGUACGAGUCGAUGCAAGCUAAUAUAAGGAACAUGGAAGAUGCACAGAGGAUAGCCGAAUUGGAGAAUGAAGUGUCCGAGUAUAAACUGAAGAAUGAAGUAAUGGCGACUGAAGGUGAACUGAGGAGUAAUAUAGAUGACUCGGAUCGAGUGCGCGAGUUGCAGGAGCAAGUCGCCGAAUUAAAGGCUGAGGUCAUGAGGCUAGAAGCGUGGAAAGCGCGCGCACUCGGUCUCACGCUCACGAGGAGCGAAUCGCUCGAAGAGGACCUUGAGGAGGACGACAAACUGAAACUAGUACUGAGGAGGGAGUCCUCCGCCUCCCUGGACUUUAAGAAGACGUAGCAUUGUGUUUAUGUAUACUCGUUUCUUCGUUUCCUUAUAGACGGAAGGAGAUAUGAUUCUAUAACUUAUGUUUGUUAACGUGUAGGCCUUUACUAACGGCGGCAGAUUACUGUUUAAUGUUUAAAGUGUGCUGAUAAGACUUCGUAUAACUGCACAUAGAAUCGUAUCUUCCCUUUUUGUUGUAUUUUUUGUGUCUAGCCGUAUGUCAUGUCUAGUAGAUAGUACAUAUUAUGGGUGGAACUUGAUUCCAGGUCGAUUUCCCGAACGUUACUCGAUUCAACGAUUAAUAGUUGAGUAAGGUUCAAGACUCGGCUAAAAGAGAAAUCGUUUUAAUACUUGACCUUAUUAAUACAAUAAUAUUUCAGACGGCUUCAGUCUUUUAAAGUAAGGAGAGAAUAAGACAAUCUUCUUUCAUUUUCAACUCAUACAAACGAAUGUGUAUGUAAAUAAAUCUUAUUUAUUAUCCGAUAAUUUAUUUGUGAUAGUCCCUUCAUCUUUUUUAGCGUUUUCAUUAAACAUUCCGCAGCUAGUUCCACCCAUUUAAUGUCAAAUAUGUAUGUAAUUAUAGUUACAAUUACACAUAAGUAACUGAAAGUAUUCGAUCAUGAUUCAUUCGUGUGGUUUUGACAUUCACAAUAAGACACGAGGUCGCGCUUCAUUACAAAAGUUAAUAAUUUUAUCACGUGUUUAUUACGUCUAAUUAACAACCGGGGCUUUCUCCUUAACUUUGUCCCUUUCGCACAGGAUUUACAACAACGACAUACCGAGUGUACGCCUUUUGACAUUGCAUACAAUAAUUAUUAUUCCAUAGAAACUAAAUUAGACGGUUAGGUAUAGAUUUUGUAUCACGCCUCUAGAGGUUUUGUAGGGAAUUUUUUAACUACUGUAUAUUGGAAUAGUCAAUUGUUUGGUAUAUUGUAGGUGGCCGCGGCGAACUGUGUUACAGGAUGUUAUGCGAAAAGCUAUUUUAUACUUUAUCAAAUGACCUAGUUAUUAAACAUUCUUGAUAUAUUGUUUCCAUAUCUUGUUUCCCCUUGCUCAUCGAUGUUUUGUUUCUUUCACUCUAAAGUAAUGUACCGGUGGAAGUGCGAGACAAAAUAUUUAUGACGUCAUUAUGUAUAUUGAAAGUUAAAGUUAUGAAUGAAAUAAAAAGAAUUUUAUUAUUAUGAUUUAUAUUGAUUGCAGGAUUAGAACGCCGCGGCCGGUAUUGAUAAAUAUCUAAAUAUGCGUAGUAGUUCGUUAGUUCACUAGGAUUUAUCUCUCGCAAGAGCGUCUCGAUGCCAAUCAAAUAGAUAGGGUUCAACGAAUUUACGUAUUUAGUAUUUUGCGUUUCCUAGCCUUCAUGCGGCCUAUACCGAACCAACGGCUGCCGGCGGAUGGCACUCGAUGUAAAUCCCGCGCAUUCGAUACAUGUCACGUUUCAUUAUCGAUAUAAAUUGUUUACGUGACAUAUGCGCAGGAGUUGCGUUGGCUCGGUGCACGCGGCGUUGUUAAAGUGCAAUUAAGCUUCAAAUACGGCUGACGUAACCGAUAAAUAUAAUUAGAAUAAACAGGUUUUGAACCUUCAUCGUCUACUAAACAUACUCUUUCAUUGAACCUUGUGAUCACUAUAUGCCAAACUAUAUAACCCUUGAUCUCAAAUACAUUAAUUUUCAGUUAAAUGUUCUGAGAGUAUUUUUUCAAUUUCACUUAAUCAUAUAAUAUAAUUAACAUACAUUCCAUUUUAUUAUUAAUUAGGCUUACGCUUGUUACUGGAGCAAUAAUUUUUAUAAGGAGCUUAAUAUCACCUCUAAAGACAGACUUCCAUGGCACUAAAUGUAUGUAAGCAUAUAACGCGCGAAUAAAUGAACGAGUCAUAAUUGGCACAAGUGCGAGCGAGAUCACGUAUAUCAAGCCGCGUGGGUGCAAGCGAGAGACAACAGGCGGAAAUUAUGGUGCCUUCAUUUAUUGGCACGGGCUAUAAGUGAGAAAAAGAAACGUCAAUUCGGGGUACCGGCACACAAUCUCAAUAAGGCUUUUUGAUAUUUAUUCAAUGUAUUACACGUACUUAGUUAAAUAGGCUUUAGAUUAGAGUACGAAUGCGCGCGUGGAGUAUUCAGGGAAUUUAUGAUAUUUUAAUGUGUGUCUGCAUUGUUUUAUGCUUACGGACUUUCAACUCUAUUUAUAUUGGAGAACAGUAGUUUAUUCCAGCGACAAAAGGGUAAUUAGUUUGUUCAUGAGCUUAAUAUGCGGGAAUUGAGUGACGAGCAGCGCUCUCUCCAGCAAAACUCAGUUUUAGCUCACCUGUUUUGCUUUGAACACGGGUGGCAAUUAUUUUGUUAGUAUUUAAUAUUAUUUAAAAAGAAAAAUUUUAAAUGUAUAUUUUUAUACCGUCCGCAGCGUAUUGGUUUUACAGUAGUUACCCGUAAAUAUUGGCUAAGGAAUUUUUUCCUAACAUUUCAUCAAUGGACUAUAGUAAAAAAUAUUAAAUUUCAUUACCGUAUCUAUGCACUAUGUUUAGCGCGAAUUUUUUAAUCGUUUAAGUUCUUUUUAUUUGCUUUUCUAUGUAACCUGCUCGCCCUGACUCCGCCUGGGCAGACUUUUUUUUAUUUAUUUUUUGUUUUUAAACUUUUUUAUUCAAGCGGAGACAUCCAAUAAAUGUAUGGAGUUAUAAGUGGCGUAGCUUACACGAAUUUUUGCUUUAUAAAUAAUAACAGAUAAGAAUUUUCUCUCAGUAAAUUUAUAAUAUAUAUGUUCUGUAUGCAUACAUUUCGAUCGUUUAACGGUUUGUUAGAUAUAAUUGCAAAUAAAUUUUAAUAUAACGUUAAUUUUGUUUAUAUCAUUUUAUGAUUCUUUAAAGAAAUCGAGCAGCUAUAAAAUAUUUAAUUUAUGCAAUGAUGAAAGUUAUAGUAAUAUAUCCGAUGUAUUAUUUGAUAAUAAAUACUAUAUUCUAUAUAUUUUUUUUUUGUUAUUUUAAUGUAUUUAUUCUUUAUGUUAUUUUAUUGCAUGGCACGCCUCGUAAUUAUAAUUAUUCAAUACAAGAGUUUACUAUAUAGGCUAAUUACAGAUCAUGAUCCGCUAGUGUGUUUGUACAUAGAUUAAGUUUUAUUGAUUUCAUAUUUUAACGAUAUAUUUGUAAUGAUUUUUAAUAUAUUAUUGCUCAGCAUACGAGUUAGUUGGUUAUCCACCAGCGUGCAAUAGCGAAACCGUUGUUUUUUAUUUUAUUAUUCAUAUUAAAGGAGGUCAAACGCUGUUUCAGAUUAUUAUUUAAUAUUUAACGAAUUUUAUAUGGAAUGUUAAGUCGGGCUAUAAAUAAUGUUACAGCCGACGCGAAUUAUCUAUUAAAUUUAAAAACUGACUAGUUUCUCGCUAAACAAAGUUUACAAAUUUGAUGAUCACAUACUUUUAGACCCCUCACAAAUUUUGAUACAGGACGCCCAGUCACGCUGCGCCCUUGAUUUUUAAGGAAAGUGGGACUGAAUAAAGCCAAUGGAAAUCAUUUUGAAUUAGCUUCAUAUAAACAAAAUAAAUAAAGUAUUACAUUACAGUUGGUAUUUUAUACAAUAAAAAUUCAUUAUAUAACAAUAUUUAUAGCCAGACUAAGUAGGUAGAUGAGGUUUUUUGUACGAAAUGCGGUCUUUUCACUGCUGACAUGGAUUUAUCGACUUAAGCGUAAGGUCAUUGUUUUAUUUCUAAAUAGCUUCUUUACUUUGCUCAAAUCCAUGUUAUCCAGGAGGAUUUCUUGUGAAUUUAUAAUAGAUAAUGUGCACUCUGAAUGUAAGAAUAUAUCACAUUUUAGUUUUAAUCACUUUCCAUGUACGCCAGGCAGUGUAGUAUUUCGUCUCCGUAUAGUGUGUUUGUAGUAGUUAUAGUAGAGUAGCCCAUAUGUUCUACUUUCGAAAACAAAAAAAGAACCAGUUCACUAUGAAUUGCGAAAUUUUAGUUCGCGAAAUUUCGAUCACAACAAUGUUCUACCGGGCGUGGACCAUUUUCUCUCUGACCAUUUUCUUUGUGUGAUAUGAAACGGCGUAAUAUCUGGUACCUCAUACUUGUACGCUAAGGAGUUGGUCCAGAAAAUCGCAAUCCCAGGAAUCGACUCCAAUGCGGGUGGCUGGUGUCACCGUACGGUUCAGGAAUUGGGAAUUUUGAUAUUACUUUAUGAUAAUCUAGAUACUAUAAUAUAUUAUCGAAUUAAGUGCACUUUGAGAUCGCUCAUUCGUCGUUCGAUGGACACGGGUUAUAUUCGUAUCGUGUUCGUAGUUAAGCAGCUGCAAUAGAUAAUGACGAUAGAUGAAAAUUUUGUAGUAGGUGUAUACAGGCUGGAAUUUCUAUAGCCACCUGAAGGGAAAGUACUCUAUGUUGUAGAUUAAUGGAUUUGAGAGAGAGAGAGACUUCAUUAAAAUUGACCCUAACGAUCGAUGUAAUGAUAAAAAUGAAUAAAAGUACAGGUGUGAAUUUUAGCCGCUUCGACGUGGCGUUACAGGAAUGCUAAGAGAAUUUCUGGAAACGCGUAAACGCAGUUUACUUUCAUUAAAAAAACCUUUUCUAUGAGUUAAAUUUUCUAUCUACAGUAAUAAAGGGUUCUUUACGUUCAGGUGCUGUGGCAAUGUUCCAUUCUGUAUACUGUUUCGAGUAAUAUGUAUUGCAGAAUCCGCAAUCUUAAGUUUUAUACAUCGGGUUUCCGGCAUAUUUUUAGACCCCCCAUAAUGUCACGUAUUUUCGUAUUAUGUAUUUAUAAUAGAUCCAAACUGUAUUGAAUUGUAUUUUAA